AUGAAUGGGAAGGAAUCGAAUAAGGACAUAAAGAAUAAGGAGCCAUAUGGAAAAAAUGAAAGUGACAGUCAAAAGCUGCUUAAUAAGGCUGUUGCUCUCCCUCUGAGUCAGCUUAAACAACUGCGCGAGGAAGCUUUUUGUGCUACUGUUGCAAAGACAAGGAAACUCAUUGCUUCUUCCUGUGGAUGGUAUAAGAUUGAAGUCGAAGGAUUCCAUCUCGACACGUCCUGCAAAUUUAUAUUUUGGGACAGGGAAUGCCAACAGAUUUUAGGUAUUUCAGCUGCUCAGAUGCGCGACACGAUGAUACAGGCUGGUAUUACAGAUCCUUUGGAUUUUCCCUUGAAGCUAGAUGCCAUGUUGAACUUGGAUCUGGCUUUGAGAGUUAGAUGGCAGCCCAGUUGGGACAGCUGCUCCGUUAUUAUGUUUAUUGAUGACAAACCGUUUGUUAAACAAUUUGGUGCUCCAUGGGAGCCUAGGCAGGCUAAUGUCGCGGUUUCUGAACCGUCCGGUACUGAACCCUCCGGAACUAAGCUGGCAGUCCAGAUAAAAGAGAGCGUUGAUGAAGCUAACAUUGCGGCUGCCGAUGAUUGUGACGUCCUUACGGAUUUAGAGAUAACCUCCAAACAUAACCCCGAUCCGCAAACACCCACUGCAAAGAGGCAAAACCAUGAUGGCUCAAGCGAAUCGACGACCGUGUGUGAUGGGGAACUUUCUUCCACAAAACUUAAAAAGAUCAUCAAGUUGGAGAAAUAA